AUGAAAACGUGAAUUUUUCUAAUAAGUGGAGUUUUUGCUUAUAGUGCUGAAACUAAGCAAGACGGUUAUGUUCUAGGACUGGCCACAAUGUUUACUAUAUGUGCUUUAUGAUUUUUGAUGUUUAUUCUUGCAUAUUUAUACCAAGAUCAUAAAGGUGUACAUGGAGGUUUUACCCAAUUGGUGACUUAUUUGCAAUUGGCUAGAUAUAUCCCAUUGCUGGAUUUUUCAACUUCAGAAUUUUACAAAGAAUUUUGAAAACAAUUUACCUAUUUAUACCAGGGCUAUAUUUAUUAUGGCAAAAAACAUCCAAAGCCUGAGCAGCCUAAUUUUGAUUUUAUGAGAAUAGAAACAAGCUUGAUUUUAUACAAUGCUCAAGAAUGGUUAUUUAUUUUUGUUUUAUUGUGUAUAGCUUUUCUAUUUUUGCCUUUAUUUUGAGCAAGUUUCAAAAAAGCAAUGGGACAAUAUACAAUUCUGUCGUGAUAUUUUACUGCAGCAAGUCUCGAUUUCACUAUUUAUGGGUAUUUAAAUCUGCAAAAUAUUGAGAAUUCAUCAUCGGCGUUCGGUAUUGCUUGUGAUUGCCUAUCUUUUAUUAUUGGAAUUUUUUAUUUUGUGAGUCUCUAUUUAAUGCUUAUUGCAAUUUAUAAAAAUAAAGACAACAAAAACUUUUACAAUUUUUUCAAUGAGGAAUUAAAUGAAAAUUCCAAGCUAUCGCGGCUCUAUUAUCCUUUAUUUAUAAUGUCAAGAAUUAUCUUUGGGUUGAUUUUUGUAUUUUUAUAUGAGCAUCCUUAUGUUCAGUGCUACUUAAUGCUAGGCAUUGAAGCUUUUAUUGGUAAAUUUUAUAUAGUGACUUAUAUCAUAGUAUUUACUCCAUACUUCUGCAAAAGAAACAACAUUUUCACCAUAAUUUAUCAUAUUUCAGAGAUAUUCCUGUUAUUAAUUCCAAUUAUUUAUGACAAUAAAUAUUGGGACUCAGCAACAGGGAUGAAUAAUUUGGCUAUUUGAAUAGGAUGAGGAGGUGCACUAUCUAUGAUAAUCAGAUUCUCUCUUGAUCUUCUAUAUGUCCCUAAAGACAAUAAAAUAAUGAAUGAAGCUGAUAUAAGUGCUAGCGACAAAACAGGCCAAGUUUUAACUAUUGAGCCUUUUUCAUUUAGUAACACCAAUGAUGUUUCAAAUACCAAUCCUCCUAAAAAGAAACACAAAAAGAAAAUCUCCAGGAAAAGCUCAUACAAAAUACAGCCAGUUCCAACACCUAUUGACAAUAUUGAUGAUCCUCCUCCAAUUAUUGUAAAAAAUGCAAGUGUAAGCUCUCAAAGCUUUAAAACCAAAAAUCCUUCAAAUAAUGAUUCAUUUGAGUACGUUGAGUCAAUGAGACCACUUUAUACUCCAAACUCUGUUAUAACAGAGCAGCUUGACUCCUCAAAUACAAAUACAAAGCCUAAGCGCCUUUCUAUUCUAAGACCUCUUUUUUCUCGGUCCAAAAGUGUAAGCAUUAACAACUUUACAGUCAAAAGCAGAUAA